CUCUAAAUCCUUUUCAAAUGCCGUAAUAUCACCUCUAAUUUGCAAAGGCUCAUUUUUCAAAGUCGAAGCAUACCAAUAAGCCCACUAACCCAAUAGUUUUAGCUUGGCCCAUUAGCCAAAUUCCAGGGUUAGAUAAACCCUAGCAGCACUCAUCUACAUCAAGCUCCGGUACGCUGCUGUAAAGUUCAACAGCUCAUUGUGAGGCGAAGCGCAGGGAGGAAGGAGAGAAGGACGGCAGCAAAAUGGUGUCGGAAUCCGGAAUAUGCGCGCGAAGAGUGGUGGUCGACGCGAGGCACCACAUGCUCGGCCGGCUGGCAUCCAUCUUGGCGAAGGAGCUCCUCAAUGGCCAGCAUGUGGUGGUGGUCCGCUGCGAGGAAAUCUGCCAAUCCGGCGGCCUUGUCCGUCAGAAGAUGAAGUACCACCGGUUCCUCCGCAAGCGCAUGAACACCAAGCCUUCACACGGCCCAAUCCAUCACCGUGCACCGUCUAAGAUCCUGUGGCGCACAAUCAGAGGAAUGAUUCCACACAAGACUAAGAGAGGAGCCGCAGCACUGGGACGAUUGAAGGCGUACGAGGGUGUCCCUCCGCCUUAUGAUAAGGUGAAGCGGAUGGUUAUACCAGAUGCCCUCAAGGUUUUGAGGCUUCAGGCCGGGCACAAGUACUGCUUGCUGGGUAAGCUCUCAUCCGAGGUCGGCUGGAACCACUAUGACACCAUCAAGGAGCUGGAGAACAAGAGAAAGGAGAGGUCACAAGCGGCAUAUGAGAGAAAGAAGCAACUGGCAAAACUUAGGAUCAAAGCCGAAAAGGCCGCCGAGGAGAAGCUUGGCCCCCAACUUGACAUCCUCUCAGCAGUUAAGUACUAAAUCUGCUUUUGUGAUGCUAUAUCUUGUAAGGAUAGUUUUGAGGAGCCUGAAUUUUUUUUCGCAGUUAACUCGCCUGGUUCAGUAUUUUCAGUUCUUGUGAUUGUUGAACAUUUUUUGUUAUAUCACAUUUUUGUCCUCUUCUAUUUUCAGUUUGUCGGUUCUCUGAUGUUACUGUGUUCAACUUUUCGUUUGUUUAAAGACAGAAAACAUAAUGAAAACAUAAUGAAUGG